AUGCAUUACUGGCUACCGGCAUUCGACAGAUACUUGGUCAUUAUUGGUUGUCUGAUCCAAGAUUUUGACAAAUCAGAGCUCGCCUUCUGCCGGACCGGCAGAAUAAGUUCACUCUCCAUUCAGUGUGCAGUGCACACUACUGUUUUCCACUUUCUAAUGAAUGAACCAAAAGCAGCAUCAAUUUUCGAAUACAUCCGGAACGUGGAUAUUUUGCUGUUGGAUGAGUUAUUCUCUCAUCCACCCACGUGUCUGGUAAUAUUUCGCGAACUACCAGAGUUAGCAAAACACUUUGUCGCGCGGCUUCUCUUUGUUGAGCAACCGAUCCCCAAAUCCAUUGUUUCUGGUUGGGUGGAAAAAGGUUCUCAGGCACUGUUGCAAGACGCCUGUAGGGCACUAUCGGAUUUGCGCAUAUGGCAUUCGGUUGAUGGGAAUGUCGCCAGAGGAGCCUGGUGUUUGAGCAAAAAGUAUCAAGAGUCUCUUCGCAUUUCUUUAUUUGGCGGUGGAAAAUCAUUGCUUGGAGAUUUGGGUUCGACUACGGUGGAUAAAUACUCGAAAGACGUGGGCUUCUUAGAAACCUAUGCUGCAGAACGCUGGGACUCCCUCUUACAUUUCAUGGUUGGGUCUGAAUCUUCUGAAGUUGGAUCGGUCGUGCAAGACGUUCUUCUGUUGUCCAAUUUGAUGAAAGGUGGAACACCUGAUACACCUGUCGGAAUCACGAAACACGGAUUUCAUUUCUUACUCAUGAGUCGUCCCGAUCAGGUCCGCUUGUUCCUCCUGCACUAUUUUGACUACCUCAAGGAAACAAAGAAAAAUUUGGUCGCUGCUCUCCAGUUCGUGUUCCAGUUGAGCUUCUUGUCCCCGGAAAAGAGCUAUCCAGUUGAUGCGUUAACUGCUCCCCAACAGGAAGUGCUUCAGCAGAUGCGCGAACUUGGUCUUGCGUAUCAGCGGAAACGUACUGCCCCGCGCUUCUAUGUCACACCAUUGGCUACCGUUCUCUCUGGAUCCCGAUGCCACCGGCCUGCGAUGUCUUCAGGUUCUGUCCUCAAUGCCAUACCGACAGGAGUAUCGCAUCUCGACGGUACAGACUCUGUGCAGCCGACCGCGUCCAGCACAAGUGAUGUCGGCUACAUUUUGCUGGAAACCAAUUUUCGACUUUAUGCUUACACAGAUUCUCCCCUCCGAACAGCCUUACUCAGUUUGUUCAGUAAAAUUCGUGCCCGAUUCCCGAAUCUUGUAGUCGCAGAUAUCACGCGUGACUCAGUUCGCGAGGCACUGAUCCGUGGAAUCACAGCUGACCAGAUUAUUUCCUUCUUGACAACAAAUGCUCAUCCGGAUAUGCUUCGUGAGCCUCCUAUUCUCCCGCCCACGCUGGUCGACCAAAUUCGUCUAUGGGAAUUGGAACGAGAUCGUUUCGUAUUUCAAGAAGGCUGUCUUUAUGAACAGUUCUCGAAAAGUGCAGACUUUGAAAUGGUCCGAGACUUUGCAAAGAGCAUUGGUGUUCUUUUGUGGGAGAAUCCCGAACGACGCUUAAUGGUUGUUUCCAAAGCCGGACAUGAAGACACGAAUUUAUCGAGGAUUGCUGACGAACUGAACGUCCAUGACAUAAUGGGGAACAUGUGUUUGACGCCGUGCUACGGUUUAUGA